UUCGAUCGUAAAGAGGCAUAGAAGAAACUAUAAACGAGUAGUGUGACUUUCUAGGAAUAAGCCAUACCUGAUCAUGUAAGCGAACGAAAAUUAACAUAGAAGCGAGAACGAAAAGUAGAAAGAACAGUUGCACUAUAUUGUUUUAUAGUUUUGUGACAUUUUUAGGAUUUCAUUUUCAUUUAAAGAUAUGAAUUCUGGAUAUAAAUUGACUAUCAAAAGACUAUGUUUCCUUCUUUCGAGUUUCGUAAUACUGACAAUUCAAACAACUGAAGCACUGGAAUCUCUGCAAAAUGAACAGAAGUCACAUGCAGCCUUAGAAGAAAGCAGAGACAAGCGAAAUGCCGAAAUAGAUUUAUCGCCAGAAGAUAGUGUACGCACAAAACGAUAUAUUCCUUACGAAGAACUUCAAAAACGACUAAGACAUUUCAUAGGAAAACGGGUAGACGAUUACCGAACAGCAAGUGAUAUUUUACCUUCAGCAGAAAAAAGAAUGAGAUAUUUUGUUGGUAAAAGAGCGGAUGGAGAUCAAACAGAUGUAUUGGAUAACAACGACGAAAUUGCAAAAAGGAUGAGAUAUUUUGUUGGCAAAAGGUCACGUCUCCGUUAUUUUGUAGGAAAAAGAGAUGGUGAUGAAACUGGUCCUUUUCAAGAUGAAGAUUUGGAGAAAAGAAUGCGUUAUUUCGUAGGGAAAAGGAGGUACUUUUUAGGAAAACGAAGAUAUUUUCUUGGCAAAAGAGAUGAUAUAGAGGAAAAUGAUCAAGUUGAAAAACGAUCUCGACUUCGAUAUUUUGUAGGAAAACGACCAUCAGAUGACUUUAUAAAUGGUAAUGCAUUCCACAAACGAAUGAGAUAUUUUGUUGGAAAACGAGACCAAGAUAAAGAACAAAAUAAUGAUGUGGAAAAACGAAUGCGAUACUUUGUUGGGAAAAGAGACAAUUCUGAAGACAGUGAGCAAUACGAAAAAAGACACAUGCGAUACUUUGUAGGAUGAAAUCUUUUGGACAUAUAAGGAAUAUUUCCUUUCAAACAAAACUGUAAGUGGAAGAUUUCCUUUGAAAUGAAGCAAAUAAUUUAAACAAUGCUGAAUAUAUUUUUUUGUUUUUUCAUUAUAUGUUACAUUUAUUUUCAUACACCUUUUUAAAAGGUCAGAAUAAAAGGUUGCGUCUGAAAAAAAGAGGAAUUCUCACGUUCUAUCUUUGAAACUGUGAAGUUUAUGGAUAGUGUAAAACAAUCUUUUUAAAAGUGCCCUAUCAGAAUUUAACCAAACACUGGCAUGGUAUAGAAAACUGAAUUAUUAAAGAGCUUGAUAGAACAAUAAAGUAUUGUCUUUCCUGUUGAUAAAUAAUUGCUGUUCAGUUGAUUUCUGAUGUACUUCAAAGAUGGAAAAAUAUUGUCUAUGUGAAAUGAUUUGAUUUUUUUAUUCCACUGAAUAAGGUCAUGAUUUCAUUUUCUCAACAAAUUAGUCAUUUACAGCAAUCUACAGACAGUACUUUAAUAAUUGAUUAUUUGCAAUGUAACAGCUCAAAUGUAUUAUUUUGCAAAAAACGAAUAAAGGUAUACUUUUUCAGUUUCGUUUUUUUCUGACUACAUAGAUUUGAAGAAGACAAUAUUGUGAAGGUAUCUUUAUAAAAGAUUUAUAAAAUCAAUCAAAGCCAUAUCAGUUUUACAUUUUUUCAAUUUUAACUUUCAGAAUUCAUGUUAUAAAGAAUACAAACUAAGUAAAAAUAAGCUUCUCAACGGCUACAAACCUUAUUUCAGGAUAGGAAUUUCGAAUACAAAUUUUGUUUUUAUAAAUGACAAAUAACAAUUUUUAAUUCAUAAUGACGAUUUUAUACUUAAAUUGUCACUUAAAUCUAAAAUAUUGACUUAUUCAAAAUCGAUUGAGUAAAUAUUUUUGUGAAAAUGAAAAUGAAAAAUAUAAAUGAACAUCUGAAAAAUGUAUCGUUGCUAGUUCUAAACAAGUAGUGUUUGUCACGUUAUCUGUAGAGCAAAAAGUCGCAUAAACAAGUAGAACAAAAGAGGUGUUAGGAACGUAAACAAAGACAAGCACUGUACAACCAAUGAGUUCUUCCAGACAAGCAAAAUUAAAUGCCAUUUACCUUUAUAUUUAUAUAGUUCCUAACAUUUUUACUUACUUAUUCAUCACUUGAGUUUCAAAUGUUUUGGUUAAGAGCGUUCCUGAUGAAGGUAAAUCCAGAAGAAAAAGAACGCUUCGGGCGCACGAAAUUUAGAAAAUGUUAUUUUCAUUGAUUGAAAUAUUGAAGAAAUAUUUUAAGUUUCCCAGUUUUCCUUACUGAAAGAUUAUUGGGAACACUAAAUAUAUUAAAAAAUGGAAAAACAAUAACUGGGUAUGGUAAUUCUUAGGAAGGAAAUUCAUUAAUACAAUAAUACGUUUGAUAUAAAGCAUGCUCACUGAUAAUGGUUUGGGAGCCCAGAAAUCCACCUGUAGAGUGUAAUUUAUCAUUUUUAAUAUUAGUUUUCAUUUUUUUUUUGGUGAAAACACUUGAUGACAUUUUCCUAUAACUAUAACAGAUUUUAACUAAUAUUUAUUAAGUAGCCCAUGAUUUGUGUAUAGUUGACGUUCUUGACAAUUUAAAUCAGAUUUUGUUGUUUUUUAUGUUUUUUUUUCUUUGAUUGGUUCUUUCACAAUAGUCUUAUUCACAUUUUUUACUCAGGGCGAUGAAGAGCUUGACACCUGUAGAUUGUUGGACGUCAUAUGUUGAACACUAUAUGGCAUUUGUUGGUGUUUUUGUGUCGAUAAGUUGCUGUCCCAUUGCAAUUGACGUAUACUCUCAUCGACUUUUCGUCAUAUUCAUAUAGCCUUUUGUGAUUAUUUAUUUUUAACAUGCAUUAUGUAUCAAUAAAAAGUUAAUAUUUUU